CGAAAAGCCGGUUAAGCUCCCGUUCCCAUUUUAAACCCCUCUCUCAGCCGUUUGAUCAGUACCAAAUGCGAUGGCCAAAACCGCCGCAACGUUUCGCUUCCUCCUCUUGUUCCUCCUCCUCUUCCUGACGACCGCGCCAAAACCCUCGCACUCCCUCUCCUACUCACAGUACCGGAUCUUCGUGUCCCUCGCCCAAUCUCUCACGACACGAGUGGCCAACCUGCGUGCCUCCCGGGGAGACUUUACGGGCUCGCGUCGGGCCAAGGACAUCGCCGAACAGCUCGAGCGCGGUCUGGGGCUGGGUUUAUUGGGGUUCACGUGGUCGGUGGGCUGGGACUACGUUAAGAACUACGCAUGGAGGGAAGUUAGCUAUGACGAUCUGUACGGAGCCGUUACGGACGCGAACGAGCUGCUGAGACGCCUGGGGGAGUUGACCCGGAUGGACUCGGGGGAAGAUAGGGCGGAUUGGGUCGGGCGGAAUUACCAAAACGUCCUAGGCAUCUCUAGUUCCCUCUUGAAAAGGCUUCUCAACGUGUUUCGUCAAUCGGGGACGUUGAGGAAAGUGGUGGAGACGGUGGAGAGGGAGGUGGUGGAUGGAGGGUUCCUGAAGGACUGUCUGGAAGUGGGUACCAAUGACUUGAAGGGUUUGCUUCAAAUAUUCAAGGAUAUGGCUUUACAAUUCCAUUCCUCGUCCUCCGGUAAUGAUGGGCGAGACCUAUGACAAACCCUCCCACCCCCAUGGUUUUGUUUUUUGUUUUGUUUUAAAUUUAAUUGUACUUUACCAGUGAAUACUAGUUUUUAGUCAAUUAAGUAGGAAAUUCAAAGCUUUAUAGUGGUUGUAUAGAGUGAAAUGUUAGCAAUCAAUACUACAAGGAGAAGAGAUGCUUCAGUACAUAAAUUGAGGCUUGAAAAGAGUAGAAAGUGUUGAUACUGAUAGAUCAAUGUAACAAGAAAUCUCAAUCCAAUCUUACAUAAAUGUUUCGAUGUUUUUGGUUGUGCCUCAACUGCUUGAAGGAAUUACCGAGUGAAAUGGACAUUGUAUGUGUCCAGGUUUGUGCCCAUCAGAGUAAAAGCUGACUUCCAUACUUUUAUGCA